GUUUCGUAAAUCGUACCAAGUUGUUUGUGUAAAAUGACCACAGAAAAUUCUCAAAAUGUUACAAAAACAUUCAAAUUUUCCUUUCCAACGUGUACAAAUGAAGGGAUAUUAUACAAGUUGGAAGUCCCCGUGGAAAUACCUUACGAUGGAUCUACGAGAGAACUGGUACAGAGAGUUUUAAAGAUGUUUCACAUACCGGUGUAUCUGGAAGACGAUUUAAACGAGAAGCUUGCUAACUUUGUUUCUGAAGAAACAAAAAAUUAUCACAAUGAAAGGGAUGCAAAACUGUUAGACCAACUGAAAAAUAGUGAGAUCAACGUAGAUGGAGUUGUCAAAAAUUGGGAGAAACUAUUCAAAGAAAAUGUUGUUGAGUUUGCUGAACAGAAAGGGACAUCAGAUGAAGAAGUUUUUGCUGCUGCAUACCACAAGCUUGUACAUUCUCCAGCCUUAGAAACAAUCUUACAAGUAGAAAGUUCUUAUGCUAAAACAUUGCUGAAUAUGCUUAAGAGCAGAGACCAGGAUAUUAAGAAACUCACACAAGUUCAAACAGAGGAAAUGGAGGAGAAAGUGCGACUGCUCAACACAUUCACAACUGAAGAGGAAAUCAACACUCUGGCAGCUGAGCACUUUGAGCAGCAGAGCCUUGCAGCAGGUCGGUGGGACUCGCAGUUGGAUGCGUUGAGACACACACAGAGAGCGGCACAUCGGACUUGGUUAAUGGCCGCACUAAAGGAAUAUCAGACAGAUGAGAAGGUGACACCAAGCAACUCUCCCCUCUGCUCGUUUCCACCGGACAGCACACUACCCCUGCAGCCCGCACCGCCUCGACUCGAGGAGAGUUUCACGAUCCAUCUCGGCUCACAGCUGAAACAGACACACAAUAUUAGACUCGUUGCAGUCGAUAUGAUGGAGUUGUGCUCUGCUAAUUAUUCAGACAACGGCUCCUGGUCCCGCGUGCAGCCGGCUCUAGCGUUGUACUCCUCAGAGCUGAGCGGUGUGGUCCUACUGUCGGACACUUCACCCACCCGCUCCCCGCUUGCCAAGACCGCCAGGACCACGGAGCACCAUUUCCCCGACUUGGAUCAGCAGUUGAGGGAGAUCGUGCAGAGGGUUAAAGAGCCGGCGGAGAAACGCAACGCCGCGCGUUCUGAGAGCGCACGGAAACGCGGCGGGGUGCUGCGGGCGGGCGACGUGUACGUCACGCGGCACAGCGACCUCGCCGAGGCGCAUGUCGUGUUCCACCUGGUUGUUGACGACGAUUCGCUUAAAUCAGGGGACAUAACCUCCCGCCACCCGGCUAUACUCGGGCUGCGCAACAUUCUGAAAGCGGCGUGUUGUAAUGACGUCACUUCUAUGGCGUUGCCACUGUUGCUGAGACACGAAAUGACGGAGGAGAUGACAGCGGCCUGGUGCCUCCGUCGAGCUGAGCUGGUUCUCAAGUGCGUCAAAGGGUUCGUUCUGGAGGCGAGUGGCUCCGGGGGGUCGGAGCUCAAGACCCUCACCGCCGUGGUUCCCCCCGGGAUCUCGGGGGGUGUUUGGAACGCGCUGGCCGGCCUUCUCCCCCAGGUGUUCAGAGUAGCUGGACCAUUGAGAGCGAGUAAAGUUGCGAAGUAGAGG